GUACAUGUCUGUUCCGCUAUCAAAAUUACUAGCUCUCACUAAUAAUAACAACACUACUAAAUUAAUCAUCAAAGAAUUGAAACAACUAAAACAACUCCACUCCAAAAUCAUUCAAAAUUCUCUUCAUAAUCAGAACUAUUGGAUUUCAUUUCUGAUCCGACAAUGUACUCAAAUUCGUGCUCCAGUUUCUUACACUCAUCUCAUCUUUCUUUCAAUUCCAAACCCGAACAUAUAUGUGUUCACUUCCAUUCUCAAAUUCUACUCUCAGUUGGGUCCUCAGUACCACCAUCAUAUUUUCUCUCUGUUUUAUCAAAUUGGGCGAAACUGUUUAAAACCUGAUGCUUCUGUAUACCCAAUUUUGAUCAAAUCCUGUGGUAAGGACUCCGUUAGUCUUCUACACUGUCAUGUUUUCAAACUGGGUUUUUCUUCCGAUUCAUUUGUACGUAAUGCUGUGAUGGAUAUGUAUGCCAAAUAUGGAUUUAUUUGUUCUGCACGGCAGGUGUUUGAUGAGAUGUCCGACAGAAAUAUUGCUGAUUGGAAUUCAAUGAUUUCUGGGUAUUGGAAAUGGGGUUACCAAAAUGAAGCUUCUUGUUUGUUUGAAUUAAUGCGUGAUAAGAAUGUCAUUUCCUGGACUGCUAUGGUUUCUGGAUAUUGUAAAUCCGGUGAUUUGGAGAAUGCAAGAAGAGUUUUCAGGGAGAUGCCGGAGAAAAGUGUUGUUUCUUGGAAUGCUAUGCUUUCGGGUUAUGUACAAAAUGGAUUUGUCCAAGAGGGUUUGAAUUUGUUUGAAGAGAUGAUGGAUGUCACUGAUAUUAAACCAGAUGAAACAACGUGGGUAACAAUUAUAUCUUCUUGUGCAGCAAAGGGUGAUCCAGAACUUGCUAAGUCGCUAGUGAGUUUAAUUGAUAGUAGCAAGAUUAAUCUUAAUUGCUUCAUUAAAACGGCACUAAUUGACAUGUAUGCAAAAUGUGGGAGUCUUGAAACUGCAAGAAGAAUAUUUGAUGAUAUGGGAUCUCAACGUAAUUUGGUAUCUUGGAAUGCGUUGAUAUCAGCUUAUACAAAGAACGCUGAUUUAGCGUCAGCAAGGGAGGUUUUCAAUAAGAUGCCUGAAAAGAAUGUUGUUUCAUGGAACUCUUUGAUUACGGGUUAUGCUCAAAAUGGACAAUCUUCCAUGGCGAUUGAGCUGUUCAAAGAAAUGUUGAAAACAUGCAAGUUGAAACCUGACGAGGUUACAAUGGUUAGUGUAAUUUCAGCAUGUGGACAUUUAGGUGCUUUAGAAUUCGGUAAAAGGGUCAUCAGUUUUUGUAGGGAACACCAGAUUAGGCUGAGCAUUUCGGGAUAUAAUUCUGUGAUAUCAAUGUAUUCAAGAUGUGGAAGCAUAGAAGAUGCAAAGAAGACAUUCCAAGAAAUGCCAAAAAGAGACGUGGUUUCAUACAAUUCACUAAUUGCGGGGUUUGCUUUUCAGGGGAACGGAAUCAAAGCCUUUGAGUUAAUUUUGAAGAUGAAAGAGGAAGGUAUUGAACCAGAUGGAAUCACGUUCAUGGCAGUCUUAACUGCAUGUAGUCAUGCAGGGUUAUCAAGAGAAGGUCAAGAGCUUUUCAAGUCGAUUAGAAAUCCAGCAGUUGAUCAUUAUGCUUGUAUGGUUGAUUUAUUAGGUCGAAUAGGUGAACUAGAUGAAGCAAAGAAGCUAGUAGAUGAAAUGCCAAUGAAGCCUCACGCAGGAGUUUAUGGAGCUCUUCUAAAUGCGUGUAGACUUCACAAACGAGUUGAGAUUGGGGAACUCGCUGCAUAUGAACUUUUUGAGCUAGAACCAGAAAAUUCUGGUAACUAUGUGUUACUCUCAAACAUUUAUGCAUCAAUGGGGAGGUGGGAAGAUGUGGAAAAGAUUAGAGAGUUGAUGAAAAAGAAAGGAGUAACGAAAACAACUGGGUGGAGUUGGGUCGAAUAUGAGGGAAACGUUCAUAGAUUUAUAGCAGGAGAUAGAGGUCACAAGUAUUCAGAAGAAAUUUAUAAGCUUUUGAAAGAAUUAGGGAAGAGGAUGAGAGAUAUGGGAUAUGUUGCUGAUAAGAGCUGUGUGCUGAGGGAUGUUGAAGAGGAAGAGAAGGAAGAAAUGGUGGGAACUCAUAGUGAGAAGUUGGCAAUUGGAUUUGCACUUGUCGUGAGCGGUGAUAAUAUGAAUGGCGUGAUACGGGUUGUAAAGAAUUUGAGGGUUUGUGGAGAUUGUCACAGAUACAUUAAGAUACUAUCAAAGUUGGUGGAGAGGGAAAUAGUUGUGAGAGAUAAUAACAGGUUUCAUUGUUUCAAGGAUGGAGAGUGCUCUUGUAAGGAUUAUUGGUGAAAAGGAAAUAAUCUUGCUUUUGUGUUACCAAACGGCUUUAAAGAUGUGAAGCUCCGGAUUCUAGAACCUUUCUCUCCCAUUCCUGAGCCUCAACUCUGGUGUUAGUUGGAUUCUUUAUGGAGUUUGCAGUUGCAGUUGAUUCGUGGAGUUCUGGUCUAGGGAUGAUUUAUGGAGUUUUAGUACGUCAGAUAGUGUGGUAAUAGAAGAAAUGAAUACAUCCAAGAUUUUGAUACAAGUUACAUACGCAUACAGAACAUUUGUUGGAUAUUGAUCAAACAAAUACAAUUCAUAUUUU